AUGAUGUCUUUUCCAUUCUUUUUGCGGUUGAUUACCCUUCCGUUUGUAUGGAUUUGGACAGCUAUUUUGUAUGUAACCGUGGGGACAAGAUUUCGAGAACAAGAAGCAUUUCAAAAAAGCUUUUCUCUGAAUUUGUUUGCUAUGAGCUAUACGCAUCUAAGUAGUGGGGCGACGUUGAAAGAUUUUAAAUACAUCGAUGGGGGAAAGAGUUUGUUUGGUAUACUAGAAAAAAAGGAGAACAAAUUCAAUCCUUCUAAAAGUCUUCCUAGCUAUGGAGAAGUAUUCACUCGAAAAGAUACUGAAAAAAAUAUCCCCGAUUCCGCAUGGCUUGCUAAACAUCCUCAAGAAAUGGGUAAAGAGGACUCCGUUAUUGUCUAUCUUCAUGGCGGAAUGUUGUGCCAUUCUAUUUCACCGGUUCAGCCUCCUUCUAUAUUGCUUAUUGAUUAUUCUUUGGUACCUGAAGGAACGACCUAUCCAACACCAACUUUAGAAUGCUUUAAUGUUUAUGACAAGUUGGUUUCCCUUGGAUACAAGAAAAUACUUCUAGUCGGUGAUUCUGCUGGUGGUUAUCUCUCGUUGUCAUUACUUCACCAAUUAAGCGAAAGGUCCAAAACAAGCAAAGUAGUCUGGCCUCAUGGUGUAGCGUUAGUUUCGCCUUGGUUGGAUUUGACCAGUGCCAAAAAAAUAAAGUCCUAUAUAAGUAACGCUGAUAAAGAUGUGAUUACCUUUGAAAAUUUGCAAAGAUUUGGAAAAGCAUAUACGCGACGAAAUGAGAAAUUAUACUCCCUGCCUCUGACGAAUAUAAACUUGAAUUCUGAUGAUUUUUGGUCAGAACUUCCACCUUUUAAAAAAGGCAACUUUUUGAUAGUGGUUGGUAAGGACGAGAUUUUAAGAGACAGUAUUUUGGAAUGGUGCCUCGAAAACUCAUCGCUAGGUAAAAAGUUUCCUGAAAGGAUAAUGAUCGAAAACAAGGGCAUUCAUGACGGUUUGUUCGUUACAGAAACUUCUAUGCUCUUGAGGAAAUAUAUAACUUUUGAGGAAUGGUCUCAAAAGUUUGGAGUGAAUGCACUGUAUAAUUUUAUAAAAGAAAUGGACGAUAACCUAAGUUAA